CAGUGCUGCCUGAUGCCGCAGCAGUGUUGGGCAAUUGUGUUUUCCAGGCUCGUUCUUUCUCUGGCCAGUGAAGCAGUCCCACAACCUGAGCUGGCUGUGUACGUUCAGGUGGUUCUUCCCUCAUUCUUCGGACUCACUCCCGUUCCCUGAAGCAGUCGCAGUCAUGACCUCUCUGCGGUCCCUUCUACUCUUGCUGCUGUCCCUGUGCCCCGGGUGGGGCGGGAGACCCGAGGCCAAGGCCGGGAACGAAGCCACGGCCACCCGGAGCUGCGCCGAGACCUGGCAAAUGCUGGGGCCAGGUUACAGCCUGAAUUUACUGCCUCCCACACUGAUCUCUGGUGAGCAUCCCCAGGUCUGCCCCCAAGAAUACAUGCACCGCUCCAGUGAAACAGAACAGAAACUGUCUCAAGAUGCCUUUCCAGUAGAGGGAAGUGCAUCCUUCCCUGUAUAUACUUUAGCUGCCCAGCAUUGGAAGUUCUGUGAGUUUUUGCAAGAGUCGCUCUUUGCAUCUGAGCAUUCCCUCUCUCAGUUACUCUCUCGAUCCUAUGGCUGCUUGUUUGUCCAGCAUGCACCAGUGUUUGGUGAACUUUUUUCACAGCCAUGUGGCCACUCGGGAACCAGCACCGUUUUAUAUGAUGCCUUGUCUGAAUUCUGGUCUCAGUUGUUGGAAAAGGCAUUUCUCUUGCUAUAUCCACAGUAUAGUUGCACUCCUGACUACCUGCUUUGCCUUGCUCACCUGUCUGCAUCCCCAAAUGGCCAGCUACAACCUUUUGGACCUCAAUAUCUCCACCUACAGGUAACUCGAGUUCUGGCUGUUCACAACUUCAUCCAGGGACUGGCAACUGGAAGAGAUGUGAUCAGCUCAGCACUUAAGGUGUCAAUGUCUGAGGGCUGUGUCCAGACUCUAAUUCAUCUGACUAGCUUUUCCCUAUGCCAAGGGGCUCCUUCCUUUAGGCCUUGUAAGGGUUUCUGCCUCAAUGUGGCUUGAGGCUCUCUCAGUGGAGGGUGGCUGGAUCCAGACUGGAGGAGCUACUUGGACACACUCUUGCUCUUGGCAGAGAGGCUCCGGCCCUUCUCCUUUGAGAUAGCAUCUGAGUCCAUUGGAGUGAAAAUCUCAGAGGGUUUGAUGUUUCUGCAGGAAAACAGCAUGGGGGUUUCAGCCCAGGUCUUUCAAGGAUGUGGGGAUCCUCAUCCAGCCCCUGCAUGUUCUCGGACAACUCCUUCCCCCCAGGUUGAGGUCAAUCAACUGUGGACAUUUCCUCCUGAGGAAGAGUGGCUCACCACAGCUGCAGGAACUAACUUGCCCUGGCUGAUGCUAUGGGAGCUCCGAGAGCAGCUACACCACACAGUGUCAGGGGCUUUCCUGUCCAGAAACUCCGUAUCUGGUGUAUCUACACAGAUGUCAAUUGAUGUUACAGAGGAGGCAAAACCCUGCUGGACAGGAGCAGGAUUUACAUGCUACCUGCCAUCUGUAGUAGGAAACUACUUGGCUGAGCAGAUAAAAAACUCUGAGUUAGAAGUGAACAUCUCAGGGCUUAAUCUAUCCACAAAGCAGCAAAGACUGCAGCUAGGGGCAGCCACAGCUCGAAUGAGAGAAGCAGCACUUGGGCAUGACCUGGACCUUCAAGAUGCAGAUGAGGAUGCUAAUGGUUCUGGGGAAAGGCAGCACUAUGCAGAUACUGUGGGAGCAACAGCUGUGGUCCUAGCAGUCAGACCUCCAAGAAGCAAUACUCCUGUGGUUAAAGGAAGUGGUGGUAGUAGUCACUACAACUAUAGUGGUGCCAGGAAUAAGGUGGUCUCCAGGAAUCUUCCUAUCCACCCACUUCUCCUACCCUAGUCCUGAUCCUGCUUGGGCCUCAGCAAUAGGAGUAGAAAGGAUGGGAUAUUCCUCAGCAACUAAAAAAGCUAAAGGGAACAACUGAGUCUGGGUAGAGUGGGGACAGCUAUGAGAACAUGGAGUAAGUAGCUGCAGUUCCAAAUCCAAUUGGACAAGAGGGUGGAAGUUAAAAAAUAAUUA